GUCACUAAGGAGCGUACAGCGCAGUGUUUCUUGAAAGUCGAUGAAGAGUCCAUGUCAAAGUUCCACAAUAGAAUCAGACAAAUUCUUAUGUCAUCUGGGUCAACAACUUUCACGAAAAUUGUCAACAAGUGGAACACUGCCCUUAUUGGCCUCAUGACUUAUUAUAGAGAGGCUGUGGUCAACACUCAGGAACUCCUGGAUCUCUUGGUGAAAUGUGAAAAUAAAAUUCAAACUAGGAUUAAGAUUGGGCUAAACUCUAAAAUGCCAGCAAGAUUCCCGCCGGUGGUGUUCUACACGCCAAAGGAAAUUGGUGGCCUAGGUAUGCUUUCUAUGGGCCACGUGCUGAUUCCCCAGAGUGAUCUGCGUUGGAUGCAGCAGACUGACGCUGGAGGUAUCACCCACUUCCGUUCAGGAAUGACCCAUGAUGAGGACCAGCUGAUCCCCAAUCUGUAUCGAUACAUUCAGCCAUGGGAAGCCGAGUUCAUUGACUCGCAGCGUGUAUGGGCCGAAUACGCUUUGAAGCGUCAGGAAGCGAACGCCCAAAAUCGUCGUUUGACAUUGGAGGACCUUGACGAUUCGUGGGAUCGUGGUAUUCCUCGCAUCAAUACGCUCUUCCAGAAAGAUAGGCAUACUCUCGCCUAUGAUAAGGGAUGGCGCGUGAGAACUGAGUUCAAGGCAUAUCAGAUUCUGAAGCAGAACCCUUUCUGGUGGACUCACCAGCGACACGAUGGAAAAUUGUGGAACUUGAAUAACUACCGUACCGAUAUGAUCCAAGCUUUGGGUGGUGUUGAAGGAAUUCUGGAGCACACUUUGUUCAGAGGUACCUACUUCCCAACAUGGGAAGGUUUGUUCUGGGAGCGAGCGUCUGGUUUCGAAGAGUCAAUGAAAUUCAAGAAAUUGACUAAUGCUCAACGAUCUGGUUUGAAUCAAAUUCCUAAUCGUCGUUUCACAUUGUGGUGGUCUCCCACAAUCAAUCGAGCAAAUUUUACGCUUGGUUCUCAAGUGCAGCUGGAUCUCACUGGCAUUUUCAUGCACGGAAAGAUUCCGACGCUGAAGAUUUCUCUCAUACAAAUAUUCCGUGCUCACUUGUGGCAGAAAAUUCAUGAAUCUGUGGUUAUGGAUUUGUGCCAGGUUUUCGAUCAAGAAUUGGACGCACUCGAGAUUCAAACGGUGCAAAAGGAGACAAUUCAUCCUAGAAAGUCUUACAAAAUGAACAGCUCUUGUGCUGACAUCCAGUUGUUUGCCCAAUAUAAGUGGAACGUUUCUCGUCCGUCGUUGAUGGCUGACAGCAACUUGCCAAGUGGAAGACUGCAGAGGAAGUCGCUUGCUCUGAUCAGAUCAUUACCGGUUGAAGAACAACCUCGUCAAAUCAUUGUAACUCGAAAGGCUAUGCUUGAUCCUCUUGAGGUCCAUCUUCUCGAUUUUCCAAACAUUGUGAUCAAGGGAUCGGAGUUGAUGUUGCCAUUCCAAGCAAUCAUGAAGGUCGAGAAGUUUGGUGACUUGAUUCUGAAGGCAACCGAGCCUCAAAUGGUUCUUUUCAAUCUAUACGACGAUUGGCUCAAGACUAUAUCAAGUUAUACAGCAUUUUCUCGAGUUAUUUUGAUAAUGCGUGGUAUGCACAUCAAUCCUGACAAAACAAAGGUGAUUUUGAAGCCGGACAAAACAACAAUCACUGAGCCUCACCACAUCUGGCCUUCACUAAUUGAUGAGGAGUGGAUUAAGGUUGAGUUGGCUCUCAAAGACAUGAUUUUGGCUGAUUACGGUAAAAAGAACAAUGUAAACGUCGCGUCCUUGACGCAGUCUGAAGUAAGAGACAUCAUCCUUGGUAUGGAAAUAUCUGCCCCAAGUCAACAAAGACAGCAAAUUGCCGACAUUGAGAAGCAAACGAAGGAGCAGAGUCAGGUUACGGCCACGACUACUCGCACGGUUAACAAGCACGGAGACGAAAUAAUCACUGCGACGACCUCCAAUUAUGAAGCUGCUACGUUCGCCAGUCGUACAGAGUGGAGGAUUCGCGCCAUUUCCGCCACGAAUCUGCAUUUGAGAACUCAGCAUAUUUAUGUGAGCUCUGAUGAUGUCAAGGAUACAGGAUUCACAUACAUCCUUCCGAAGAAUGUUCUUAAAAAGUUUAUCACUAUAUCGGAUCUCAGAACACAGAUUGGCGGCUUCUUAUACGGUGUUUCACCUGCUGACAAUCCGCAG